AUGGCGCCCUGUCUCCAGGAAGUAGAAGAUGACUACAUCAAGAGCUGGGAGGACAAUCAGCAAGGCGAUGAAGCCCUGGACACCACCAAGGACCCCUGCCAGAAGGUUAAGUGCAGUCACCACAAGGUAUGCAUCGCCCAAGGCUACCAGCGGGCCAUGUGCAUCAGCCGCAAGAAACUGGAGCACAGGAUCAAACAGCCCUCUCUGAAACUCCACGGAAACAAAGACUCCACCUGCAAGCCCUGUCACAUGGCCCAGCUCGCUUCAGUCUGUGGCUCAGAUGGCCAUACCUACAGUUCGGUGUGUAAGCUGGAACAGCAGGCAUGCCUGAGCAGCAAGCAGCUGGCAGUGAGAUGUGAGGGCCCCUGUCCCUGUCCCACGGAGCAGGCCACUACGUCCACCACCGAUGGCAAGUCAGAGACCUGCACAGGACAAGACCUGGCUGACCUGGGGGAUAGACUCCGCGACUGGUUCCAGCUCCUUCGUGAGAACUCCAAGCAGAAUGGCUCAGCCAGCAGUGCAGCCAGCCCCACAGGUGGCCUGGAUAAGAACCUGGGGGCCAGUUGCAAGGACUCCAUCGGUUGGAUGUUCUCCAAGCUGGACACCAGUGGAGACCUCUUCUUGGACCAGACAGAACUGGCUGCCAUCAACCUGGACAAAUAUGAGGUCUGCAUUCGCCCCUUCUUCAACUCCUGCGAUACCUACAAAGAUGGCCGGGUUUCUACCGCUGAGUGGUGCCUCUGCUUUUGGAGGGAGAAGCCCCCCUGCCUGGCAGAGCUGGAACGCACACAGAUCCAGGAAGCAGCCAAGAAGAAGCCAGGUGUCUUUAUCCCGAGCUGCGAUGAGGACGGCUAUUACCGGAAGAUGCAGUGUGACCAGAGCAGUGGUGACUGCUGGUGUGUGGACCAGCUGGGCCUGGAGCUGACCGGCACACGCAUGCAUGGGAACCCUGACUGUGAUGACAUCGUGGGUUUCUCAGGGGACUUUGGAAGCGGUGUCGGCUGGGAAGAUGAGGAGGAAAAGGAGACAGAAGAGGCAGGAGAGGAGGCUGAGGAGGAGGAGGGUGAGGCUGGUGAGGCAGAUGAUGGAGGCUACAUCUGGUAGAUGGCCCUCAAAGGCCUCGGCAGGCCAGGGUGCCGAUGGCCAGAGAGACAGGCCAGAAGAAACCUGGACGACAGCAGGCAACUUAGCAAAUGGAUCCGGAAGUCAGUGUGAAGGACCCUGGCUCCAGCGGGGAGGAUUGGAAUGGAGAGUGUGACAUGUGUGACUGGUUGUGUGUGUGUGUGUGUGUGUGUGUGUGUGUGUGUGUGUGAUGUGCUAACAGAUGUGUUCAUGCUGCUCAUAGCAGUGAAACACCCAAAGGCCCCUUCCUCCUCGUAGUUAUUUUCUUCUCCUUUGCUGUUGAUUUUAAAAUGCACACAUGUACACACUAAUGGGCCAAAAUCAGCAAAAUGAGAUGCCCCUGAUCCUGUUCCUCAGCUCAAUACCUGCUAUUCCUCCAUGCUCAGUCAGUGCUACCUUCCCCUGCCCCUUCCUGCCUUUCUUCCUCUAUCUUCUGAGGUCAAAGAGAGGAAGCAGGGGAAGCUGUAAGUUGGGUAACCUCCCCAAAUCAGGCUGAUCUGAUGUGAAAGCCGGCCAUCUUCUAGUGAUGAUGGGCAGGACUCCGCACACAGCAAGGCUUACCCUUCUGGUAUCUGAAGGACUAGUUGCAGAUAUGUCCAAUCAUGGCCCUUGGGCUGCAUUUGGUUCAGGAUAGCUAUCAAUGUGGCCCAACACAAAACUUACUUAAGACAUGGGUGGGUUUUUUUUUGGGGGGGGGUAACU